AUGGUUCUCAAUAUUGAGGCCGAGUCGCCUCACAACACAUUCGACACUAUCCUGGUUCUCGACUUUGGAUCUCAAACGAGCCAUCUGAUCCUCCGCCGUCUUCGUUCUCUCGGUGUCUUCGCUGAGCUGCUCCCCUGCACCACUAAGAUCGCGGAUUUGACUUGGAAACCCAAGGGAAUUGUGUUCUCUGGAGGUCCUGCUUCUGUUUACGACAAUGGCUCGCCCCAUGUCGACCCCGCUGUUUUUGACCUGAACGUCCCUAUUCUUGGUAUUUGCUACGGUUGCCAGGAGAUCGCAUGGCGCAUUGACUCGAAGAAUGUUGCCCGUGGAGAGGCACGAGAGUAUGGUCACGCCGAUGUGAACAUCACCAAGGUUAACGACAGCGUCGAUCGUCUCUUCGCUGGCUUGGGCGAUGCCAUUCCUGUUUUCAUGUCCCACUUUGACAAGCUCAUCAGCCUGCCUACGGACUUUGUGGUCAUUGGUGCUACCACCAACUCGGAGUAUGCUAGCAUCGCUCACAAGGAGAAGCCUAUCUUUGGCGUUCAAUUCCACCCCGAACUUGAACACACUCCCCGCGGAACCGAUAUCCUGCGUAACUUCAGUGUUGAUAUCUGUGGCGCUCAGGCGAACUGGAAGAUGGGCGACUUUGCUCAACUCGAGAUCGCUCGUAUCCAGCAGCUCGUUGGUGACCGAUCUCUUGUGAUCGGCGCGGUUAGUGGUGGUGUGGACAGCACAGUUGCAGCGGCGUUGCUCAAGGCUGCCAUUGGCUCAAGAUUUAAGGCUGUCCUCGUCGACACAGGCUGCAUGCGUCUUAAUGAGUGCGAGCAGGUUAAGCAAACUCUCGGAGAACACCUUGGCAUUGACCUCACUGUUGUCGAUGCUGGUGAGCUGUUCAUGAGCCGUCUUGCAGGUGUUGCUGACCCGGAAAAGAAGCGGAAGAUUAUUGGAUCUACUUUUAUCGAUCUGUUCGAGAAAGAGGCUAUCAGAAUCGAGAAGGAAGCAGAGAGCACCCCCAACUCUGGCAAGGUGGAAUGGUUUUUGCAGGGCACUUUGUACCCUGACGUUAUCGAGUCUUUGAGCUUCCGUGGACCUUCCGCCACUAUCAAGACUCACCACAAUGUCGGCGGUCUGCCUGAGCGUAUGAUGAACGGCCAAGGCUUGCGCCUUAUUGAGCCGCUCAGACUUCUGUUCAAGGAUGAAGUCAGAGCGAUUGGCCGUCAGCUCGGUAUUCACGAGUCGCUGGUGAACCGACACCCCUUCCCCGGUCCUGGCAUCGCUAUCCGCAUUCUCGGCGACGUCACACAGGAGCGUGUCGAGAUCGCCCGUAAGGCCGACCACAUUUUCAUCACUAAGAUCAAGGAGGCAGGUCUUUACGACCAGAUCUCUCAAGCGUUUGCUGGUCUUGAUACCAACCGCAGUGUUGGUGUUUUCGGUGAUCAGCGUGUUUGGGGCUACAUCAUCAUUCUCCGCGCUGUUCAAACCAAGGAUUUCAUGAGCGCCGAUAUCUUUGACUUCAGCACUGAGUUCCUCAAGGAUGUGUCACGUACUAUUUGCAACCAGGUUGAGGGCGUGGCCCGUGUCACUUAUGAUUUAACCUCAAAGCCUCCUGGCACCAUUGAGCUUGAAUAG